CUGUUGGUACUGUCUCACAAGCAGGUAGCUGUCAAAAGUCAUCACAAGCGUGGUCGAAAACAUCGCCAGAACACAUAGCUAUAUCAUCGCGCGUCGAGAGGUGAAGAUAAACUUUGGUUCGGUUCGGUAGUGAACUGGGGAGAAACUUGUCAGUUAUCGAAAAAACGCAGUGGACAGAUUUUAGUGAUUUUGUGUGUGGUUGUGUUAAUUUAGUCAAUCUGGCGGCGUACCUUGACGGAGGUCCCGCGAUUGCUCCUGUGGGGACCCUUACAUUAAGGGCCGGGUUAACCCAUGUGCCCAUCGGGCCAAAUUCUAGUUACCUGCAUCACUCAACGCACAAUAUAGGUAGGUGCGAGCCAGCCGCCGGAAUGCUGAUAGCCUGCGCAGGCUGCGACAAGCCGAUCCUCGACAAGUUUCUACUAAAUGUCCUUGAAAGGACGUGGCAUGCGGAAUGCGUCAGGUGUUUCGACUGUCAUGCUCCACUCACAGACAAAUGUUUUUCCAGGGAAAGCAAGCUAUUUUGCCGGAGUGACUUUUUCAGGAGAUACGGCACAAAGUGCGGUGGUUGUGGUCAAGGCAUCUCGCCCAGUGACUUAGUGAGGAAAGCAAGAGACAAAGUGUUCCACCUCAAUUGUUUCACCUGUCUGGUGUGCAGGAAACAACUAUCCACCGGUGAGGAACUCUAUGUUUUGGACGAUAACAAGUUCAUUUGCAAGGAGGACUAUCUCAGCGGAAAUAAGGCGGCUGUGAUCACAUCCCACCAUCAAGAUUAUCACUUCACGAGUUAA